UAGGACACCAUUUUUUUUAUCUAAUACGAUUAAUAAGAGUGCUGUGAGCGAGAAUUUUUGAGAGCAAAAAAGUAUAUAAAUAUUAGAAAUUCAACAUUAGCAAGUAUUGGAUAAAACAUCGUGCCAGCAGCCGCAUGAUUGACAGAAGACUAGACGUUUCCUCAACGCCAUAAUUGCAUAAAUUCAAGAGCAAUUAGAUAGUGAAUCAAUGAAGAUUGUUCUGGAUUAAUUGGACACUUUCAAUUGUCUCAUGAUCAAAGAAAAUGAAAUGUUAGCCUUCACUUUUAAAGCAGAUUUUCUUACAAUUGGAAACGAAGCGAAAGUCGACUUCUUGCAGCCACUCGAGUGAAGGCGGAGGUCCAUAAGGAACAUGAAUCAAAAUCAUCAAGCUUCUCCUGCUGAAGAAUAAACUAACGUCACAGUUAGCUCAGCAGAUGUAGCUAUUGGAUAAGCCUGGUCAAGUUUCACUCAGUCACAUCAUUUUUAAAGUCCACGAUGUUUGAUUUAUCGCUGCGUGUAUUUUUUCACAUUGCACUCUUUCUUGUCUUAAUCAUCCCCGCUACUUUAACAGACAAUGUUAAUAUUCAAACUGAGGUAGGAUCGAUAGACAAAGUUAUCUUUCCAAAUUUUUUAUGUCAAGUGGCUUCAAGAAGAAAAAUUUGUGAAGUUUUUGGCGCUCAAGAUCAAGUUUUACAUGGUGGAAAAAAUUGUUCCUGUUCUUGUCCAGAAGAUGCCAACACAUUUGGCUUCGAUGGAAGAAACUGCAAGUGCCUUCCCGAUAGCAUUUCAUAUGGGGGUUGUUCGGCAUUUAGUCAAAUUAAUCGAACUGUUCUUCAAAGAGAUUCCAGUACCACACUAUAUCUUUCCUCCAAAAAUUGUUCUUUGGCAGUUUCGUACAGAAACAAGAAUGGAACAUGGAUAACAGUGAAGAAUAUUACGGGAAUAAUAACAUUCAAUCCGCCAGAAGUGCUAAAUGGUAGUUCUAAAUACGUUCUUAAUGUCAGCAAUUCAAGAGACAGUUUUCAAGGAGCAUUAUACAAUGUUAUGGUCCAAUGUCCGAAACGAAAUAGCACAUGCUUUCUGUUGAAGCUGCCCAGCCAAAUAGCAUGUCCAUAUAAGCUGCCCCCAUCUUCGACACAUCCUCCGACAAACUCAACAUCAAUGACGACCACGGAUUCCAACAUCAACUCCAGCGCCCUCAGUAAAGGGGUUAUUGCAGCUAUCGUAGUCAGUUGUCUUAUAUUUCUCGCCAUUAUUCUCCUCGUACUGUUUUUCUGGAUUCGCAGAAAACGCAAUCAAGUGAUCAAGAAUGACAGAAAAGAAAGUCAACAACAAAUGACAGGUGAUCAAGAUGUCGAGAGAGAAAAUUCAGGACCAGUCGUAUUUUCGCGGCCAAAUCGUGCUAGCACACAACGAAAAGACAGUGCAAAUUUAGGCUUUGAACCCGAUGCUAGUACCUGCGAUAGCACUUAUGAAGACCCAGAUUAUGAUUUGCCCAUUGAUGAAAAACAUUCCAUAAUAAGUGGUUUAAUCAAUAAAAUCAAAAGACCUCUAUCCAUGAAAAAACCGAUUCCAAAACAUGAAGAAAAUGAGGACAAGCUGGACAGUGGAGGCGAUGAUUACUUAACAAUGGAAGAAUUGGAAAAUCCUGACAACCUUGAGAAUGCAGCUGUGUAUGAGAACACUAUUAAUGAAGUGGUCAAAGAUGAACUGAAGCCAGAAGCAAUGCAAUCAAUGUACAAGAAAAUAUGGAGACCAAAAUGUAGAAAGAAAGAAAAGAAUUUGGGGGGUCAAGGUACAGGGAAUAAUGAAGGAAAAAUCAAAAAUAGUAGCGUUCCUCAUUUAUCCGUGACAAAGGAAAAAACCGAUAUCCCUAAGAAACAAAGUAAAGAUAACAUGGAGCUAGAAAACAUUUAUGAAAACAACGAGGUAAUAAGAGAGAACAGAGCUGGCUAUAGCAAUGAUGUUCCCGCGGAAGAUGAAGAAGUUCCCCCGCCUCCACCAAGAUCAACAUCAUUAGAAAAGACCCUAGAUGGACCUAAUGUUGAUCGGCCCAUUCCCUCUCCGAGAAUGAGGAGCAAAUCUCCAAAUAUAAAGGGUAAAGAUGACAUUAACUAUGACAAUGAUUACGAAACUGAAAACGAUCCAUCUGAGCUGUACGAAAAUACCCGGAAAAGUAGUUAUCUGAAGCCAUCACCAAGACUGGCAAAGAGAUGAGAGUCGGGGAUAGUUUUAUUUCCUUUUAUACCAUCCAGUGGAUACCAUCAAUAGAAUAGCCGCUUUCACAAUUCCCUGCAUGCGCGUAGCCGUGGUUUGCAUCGAAGCCAGAAGAACGGUGAACUUGCAAUGAUACAGACAUUUGAAUAAUUGUCCUAAGGUGUUAAAAAAGGCCUCGUUAUUUUUAAAGUUUUGAUUAAUUGAGUUUGCAAUCAUAAUCUCUUGUUAUACACAAGCCAGGAGUGCUGUUAUUGAAUACUAGGGAUUGCCAUAAAUAAACUGAUCGUGUAACGUUUCUAAUGCGUUAGAGCAGUUUUCAUGAAAAACGCACUGCACGAACACGGUCGUGACACGGCAAAGGAUACGCCAGAUCAAUAAAAUACCCGAAACGCGGCAUGAACACGGCGCGGACACGACGGUCGCACGCAAAUGUCACUACACUGUCAAACCAAUCCGAUUGGGCGAUAAAAUAAAAAAAAUAGCCAAUUAAAAUUCUAGAAAAUAUCAUUCUGGAUAGCUAAUAACUGGUAAAUAAGCAAGCAAAUGCUCAUCUAUUCUAUAUACACCUAAAUACAGGAACGUUGUGAUACGAAAAUAUAAAAAUAAUUACAAAAUAACUCAUAGGAAUUUAUAAAUAUUUUUUUUAGCAAAGCUGGUGUAAUUGUUCAUUAACUUCUUUGAAGGUAUAGACUGUCAUUUGUGAUAUUGUCUCGUGGUAUAUUUCAGUUGUCCUUCCCUUGCUACGGCCCUGUAUUCAUUAAAUUCCCAUAGUUUUUC